AUGGGGAAAUUUACUAUAACUGAAGACCCUUCUCAAGACAGUGAGUGCAUGGUUGAUAUAACAACACUGCCUAAUUUUCCUUGUAACCGUAGUGGCAACCCACGUGAGGAUAUUAAUCUGGUGCCCAACAAGAUGGAAACUCCAAGGAUACUGAAUAUGACGAUGGUACCAGAUUAUUUACAGAAAGAGAAUUUUUCUCCGGAAUUUUCUUCUGCUACAGUAUCUGCGAGGUCAUCACCUGUGAACGUUGCCCAUAACGAGUCGCUCUCAUUUGAAACCACUGGUUCGAGUAGUGCAAGGGGCUCUAAGUAUGCGAUUCAAAGGCAACAGCAACAACAAGCAACAGAUUUCAUAGAGAGUAGUAUGCAGCUGUUGUCUUCAGAGGCACUGAGUUUCAAACCAGAUAUCAUGAAAACUUUAGAGCUGCCUGUUCCCAAAAGAAGAGAUAUUAAGGGCAAUCAUCUAUCCAAAUUAUUAUUUGCUAAAUCACCUCUCACUAUCAACACAUAUUGUCAAUUUUAUGAUCGUAAGAACAAACGUAUAUGUAACCAAGAAAUAAUUUGGAAAGAUAAGAAUAGUAGAGAAAAGCAUGGGUCAAGGAAGUAUCAAAGGCACUUAAGCAAAGUUCAUGGCGUUCAAUUGACACCCAAAAAUUUUACUCAAUUUUUUGAUCAUAAUUCUCCACUUUUUCAAGAAUGCUAUGACUACCAAUCUAGAUUGAUGGGUGAUUUACUGGUUCAACCAAAUAUCAAAUCGAAAGAAAACAAAAGAAAACAGGUAGAGAAUGCCACGAGAAACCUUUCUGAAACAGAACAUAGCUUUACCAACCGCCAGGUGCAACAACAGAAUGUUCGAGAACUUCAAUCAAAAAUAGCUAUGAAUGAAUUGAUAGAGAUUCUCAUCGAUUUAAACAUUCCAUUUUCUGUUUUAGAUUAUCAACCUAUGAGAAACUGGCUCAUCAAAUAUUCAAUAAUUUCAACAGAUACUUUACCAGAUGAAGUAUAUUUUAAAACUGAUCCAGACGUCAAUGAACUGAACCACGUUAACAAUAAUCCAAACACUAGCAAUAACAGCACUAUUCAUAAUCAUAAUCAGAACCAACAUACAAAUUAA